UAAUUUGGUUGUUUUUUUUUUUUUUUACAGUGGAUGAUACGAAUAAGGAGAUAGAGGAGGUUCAGAGGCAGAGGAUGUCCCCGAUCUGGUGUGUCAGACUGUCAGCUCGACAACUUCCAGCGCAUGGUCGAUACCUUCACCACCUUUCGAUGGAAGCGCCAUCAGGUCGAUUAUACGCAAUGGAGCGAGGGCUGAAGAUUCCUCAGAACAAGUGCACCAAGACCACCAAUUCCCUCCUGAUUUCACUCAUGAAGCAGCUUGAAAAGCUUGAGCAGAAGCAGAAGUAUGCGGCUUGGAAAGCAGCAGAUAUAAGGAAAGCUGUGAAAGAAGGAAGGAAACCUCAGGCUGGCCCCCCUGCAGCUUGUUUACCAACUCUGGCCACAAUACCAAUCUGGAUAGGUCUAUACCAAGCUCUUUCGAAUGUGGCAAAUGAGGUAACUAACAGGUCUCAUAUCAAAUUCUCUACUCAAUAUUGGUGAUAUACCUAUGCUUU